GGCGCUUCCCUGCAGCAGAGUGAAAGGACCAAUGGGAGAGAGGAGGCGGGCUCGGCAGCAGCACACAUGAGUUGUCAAACAGGUUUGUCUUGAGCUGCUUCAAACACACUCUCCCACACGUCUGUCUCUGCCUCUGAGAGAUCACUGGACCCACAGGAGAAAUGCAGGAGUGGCAGAGGAGCUGGACAGGAGCAGCCGGCCUGCUUUCUUAAAUGACGUGUCACACUGCUGGUCGUCUAUUCUGGCGAAGGGAGUUUCCUUUCACAAACUGGAGAGAUCCCAGGACGUGGAGCCAGGACGUCCACAUGUCCAGGAGCUAGAGUUCGUCUGAGGCGCUGCAGUAGCAUCUCUUCAGAAAUGGACUGGAGCUGAUGGAGCUGCACCGAGGAACAAAUAAAGGAUAGAAUUUCAUUGUCAGCAGGUGGUUGAAGAAAACAAACUGUGACACUGACGGGUUGUAGUUUUACAAAAUGCCCGUGGAGUCUGUGCAACGCCCAGUGAGGAAACCAGCGAGGACUGCUGUAGCUGCUGCGCCCCCACGCUUGCGGCCCAAGGGGCCAGUGGGUCGGCAAUGCCCGACGCCGGAGGCCAAACCAAAGCAGAGCGCAGUGGAGAGGCUGGAGGCCGACAAGGCUAAAUAUGUCAAGAGUCAGGGGGCUCUUUCUAAGCAGCAGCCGGUCAGGCCUCCUGAAGUGCGGAGGCCCCUGCUGAGCCCCGGCACCACCCUGCGUCCCACCAGGAAGACCACGACCCAGACAAAAGCAAGGCAGGAGGCCCUCCCGCUCGACUUGGAGCACCUGAGUAACCUCAUCAGCGGAGUGAAUGAUGGACCCCAGUCCAGUGCCACUGCGAGCUCAGAGGACAGUGAAGCUCCCGGUUGCACCAGCUCUCCUCGCUCCACACCCACAGAGACGCAGCAGAAAAAAGAGAGGCCGUGUCCCCCUCCUCGUCCCGACUGGUCCAGUCCAGCGAAGGUGAGAUUAAAAGCCUCAGGACCUGUCAGGGCGGAGAUGUCAGGCUCUCCUGGAUCUCCGGCUGCAGGGACCGUCCGCAGAGUGGACGUCAUGCCUCAGGCCAGCCCUGUGAGGACGCCCUGCAGGCCGCCCCAGUUCAUGCGGCAGCCCCUUCAGCCCAUCCCUCAGCAUCCCCAGUUUCCACUCCGCCCGGCCGUUUCACACCUGCGUCUCUUCCACUCGAGAACAACACCAGCUUCUUCUCCUCUGAAGCCGGUUGUUGCCAAACCUGACAACCCUCCCUCCUCUCCUGCUAAAGCCCCCGUCCCUGCUCCACCUCCCCCCACCUUCACCUUAUUCCCCCCUGCCUCCCCAGCGAUUACACGUUUGUCCUCCUCCAGCUCUCGGAAACGCCCGUCUCUGACCCGGUCUAAAUCAGACAUGAGUGACAGAUACUCCAGAGCUGGGACGGAGCUGGAGCGCUUCUUCAAACUGUGCGGUCUGGACCCUGCGGACCUGCAGGACAUGCCUGGAUCCAGCUCUGAUAUCGUUUCCCUCGCCCGGUUUCGCAGUGUGAGUGCCCCGGGGUCUGAGUGUGCAGGCUCAGGUAGAGGAGACGACGAUGAUGAUGAUGGGGAGGAUGCUGGGAAUAUCGCAGAGCGUGUUCCCUACGGUGUUUCUGUCAUCGAGAGAAAUGCAAGAGUGAUUAAAUGGCUGUAUGGGCUCCGUCAGGCCAAGGACAAUGUUAGUAAGAGCACCAAUUUAUAGGACGGCGUGAAAGGUUUUGAAACUAAAGUAGAACAUGAAGUCAAACUUGAUGAAACUGAUGAGUGACUGACUCUGAGGUGAAAAAGUGAGUGAUGCAAUUUGUCUGUGAAGUAAAUCACUCCGGGUUGAUCCUUUUUUUCAAAAUUAGAAUUUGUUGAAUAUUUGUUACUGAGGUCAGUUUUAUUUUGAGUUUUUGUUUUAUUUGGAUCAUUUUUUGGGUCUUUUUUUGUUUGUUGAGUCUCAUAAUGUGGCUGUGAACCUCAUUAUCCUAGUUUUUUGUUUAUUGACGUUUGAAUUCACGUCUGAUCCGCAUCCUGCUGUAACUGGACCUCAUUAAAGACAAUUGAAUGAGCAUCUUGA